AAUUAGGGUUUAAAAAAAACCCUAAUACCUUCACCGCUACAUCAUUCACGACAUCUCCGCUCGUCUCCGUGCCGGUGUGACGCUAAAGUUUGUCGGUAAAUAUGCCGAAAUCUAAGCGUAACAGGCCAGUAACUCUAUCGAAGACAAAAAAGAAAGGAAGAGAGCACAAGGAAAACGUGGUGAAUUCAAUACGGGAUGCGGUGGAAAAGUACGAAUCAGUUUACGUCUUCUCUUUCGAGAACAUGAGGAAUCUCAAGUUCAAGGAAUUCAGAGAGCGGCUCAAGUCUUCAAGCAGAUUUUUUCUAGGUUCUAACAAAGUUAUGCAAGUUGCUUUGGGUAGAUCGGUUGCUGAUGAGAUCAGACCAGGGCUUCACAAGAUUUCGAAGCUUCUUCGUGGGGAUUCCGGACUUUGUUUCACCAAUGUGCCAAAAGAAGAAGUUAAAAGAAUAUUUGAUGAAUACGAAGAUUAUGAUUUUGCUAGGACUGGAAGUAUGGCAACAGAGACGGUAGAGCUUAAAGAAGGACCUCUAGAUCAGUUCACCCAUGAGAUGGAGCCAUUCUUGCGCAAACAGGGAAUGCCCGUUCGGCUAAACAAAGGUGUGGUGGAGCUCGUUGGCGACUUUGUUGUAUGCGAGGAAGGAAAACCACUAUCGCCGGAGGCGUCUCGCAUACUGCGCCUAAUGGGUAUGAAGAUGGCAACCUUCAAACUACACUUAAUUUGUCGAUGGGGCUCGGAUGAUUUUGAAGUUUAUAAAGAGGGUUUGGAAGAUUCUGACAUCGAAUCUUCAUGAAAUCACAUCACCACAUUUCUCUCUAUUAUGUAAGACUGUAAUACUAAUUUUUGCUUAGUUGCUUAUAAUAUGCAUCAUGAAAAGAUUUGAGUGCUUGCUUGUAGUUCUUGUGAAAUGGCAAGGAAUCUUAUUUAAUUUUAAAAAUUUUCAAUUGAAAUUGUGGCAUGAA